AUGCCUGGCUCUGCCUUUGGAAGUCUUGGCCUCGACCAUGUCAGCAGUUUACUGGCGUUCAGUGCCCCAUCUGCGCAAGAGGACUGGGACCCAACGACAAGGCCUCCAGCUGAGUCUUCGGGUGUUUCUCCUGAGCCAAAGCAGGCGCCUGGCUCUGCCUUCGGAAGCCUUGGUUUGGACCGGGUCAGCAGUUUGCUUCCAUUCAGCUCCCCACCUGCUGCGGAAGAGGACCCAGCGAAAAGGCAUUCAGUUGGCGCUGCUUCUCCAGAACCGCAGACCAUGCCUGGCUCUGCCUUUGGAAGUCUUGGCCUCGACCAUGUCAGCAGUUUACUGGCGUUCAGUGCCCCAUCUGCGCAAGAGGACCCAACGACAAGGCCUCCAGCUGGGUCUUCGGGUGUUUCUCCUGAGCCAAAGCAGGCGCCUGGCUCUGCCUUCGGAAGCCUUGGUUUGGACCGGGUCAGCAGUUUGCUUCCACUCAGUUCCCCACCUGCUGCGGAAGAGGACCCAGCGAAAAGUCAUCCAGUUGGCGCUGCUUCUCCAGAACCGCAGGCCAUGCCUGGCUCUGCCUUUGGAAGUCUUGGCCUCGACCAUGUCAGCAGUUUACUGGCGUUCAGUGCUCCAUCUGUGCAAGAGGACCCCAGGAAAAAAGCAGCUGGACCUUCGGCUUCCCCUGAACCACAGCCGCCUGGCUCUGCCUUUGGAAGCCUUGGUUUGGACGUCAGCAGUUUGCUCGCGUUUGGCUCGACCCCUGCAGAAGAGGUUCCGCCGCCACGGCACACGCCGCCACAUGCCUCACGGCCGCCGGAGGAGCCACCCGAAGCCUUCGCCAGCCUGUUUGAGCAUGAUCCUUUGCAAGAAGAGGAGUUGGACGAGGUUCCCACCGCCGCAAAGCCUCACCUGAUCCGCCGGGACCUGCAGAAUGAGGAGGAGCAGCCACUGGAGGAACGUGCCACUGCGUUGCCAGGAGAACUGGUGGAGCACGAGGUUGCGCACGAAGAUGAGGAGCAGGUGCCAGAGCCAUACUUGCUGGAGCUCAGCAGCCAUGGUAUGGUUUCACAGUGGGCGCCCUUCUCCUCCUAUUUGGGCAGCGACCUGAAGCUCACCGCCCCGCUGGCCUCGCCUCCGGGUCCUCUGUUUGCGCUGCCUCCGGAUUCGGCCAAGCGGAUGCCAGAAGGCUUCAUCGCGUUGUCCGUGCAGCACCACGAGUCCGUGAGCGAUGCCACGGCCAUCUCUGUGGGGAGGUAUUUCUAUUUCGAUGCGGCGGACUAUCCCAGCUUCGAGUUCACGAGCUACCCGUGCACCUGUGAGCUUUGGCGCCACGGACGCCUUCACUGGACUGGGCAGGUGCAAUUGAGUUUGGGCUCCUAUGGCGCCGUCGACCUUGAGGAUCUCGCGUGCGCGGCCGGGCGCCGGGCACCGGCCAGCGAGUCGCGACCUGGAGACUUCGAGGUGGGGGACCUGAUCUUUGUGAUCGGCUUCCACCGGAACUGGGCCGUGUCGGUGGGAGAGCACACGCCCUUCGAGGAGAAUCUCCGUGGCUACCAGCGGAUGCUGAGAGUUGGCAAGAGCGGCGCAGCAAACAGAGAUGAACUUGGAGAUUUAGGCCUCCGAAUCCACUUGGACACGGAGGUGGAUGAGGCCGAGCUGGCGAAGGUUCGCCCCGUCGAGAAGGUCCUGGAGCCUGCUGGGCCGUUGGACCAGCGGCUUGGGGCGGCGAACUUGUCCCGUGAGAACAGUCUGGCGCUGGCGGGCCUCGAUGAGGUCGCCGAGGAAACGCUCGAGAACCGCGACGGAGACGCCGGCCCGGCGGUGGCUGCGGUGCGGAGCAGCUUCGCGUGGGCGGCCAGGAGGAAGGAGUUGCUCAGUGGCGGAUUGAAGAGCGUUCAGAACCGAUGGGAGAUCUUGAACCUUUAA